AUGAGACGUGGCGUUAGCAGUGGUGGAGGGCAGAGCUCAUUGGGCUACUUGUUUGGGGAUGGUGAAGCACCGAAACCUGCUACAGAAAUUGCCCAAGCUCUUCCAAGUGAAGUUCGGCCGGCAAGUAAAGAGCUACCCCAAAAGCCUAAUGCUGCUGCUUAUCAAAGUAUAGAUGUUAGUAAGCAGAUUCCUGCAGGCAUUCAUAGUAGCACGGCAAACUACUUAAGAGCAGAUGGUCAAAACACUGCCAAUUUUAUUACGGAUCGGCCAUCGACAAAGGUCCAUGCUGCUCCUGGAGGCGGUUCUUCCUUGGACUACCUAUUUGGUGGUGGAGCUCACAAUCCACCCCUCUCUCAGUUGAGUUUUGCGCAAAAUUGA